AUGGCGUCUGACGCCGUUGCUUCAUCUUCGCCAGCAGGCUUUUCAAACACCAAAGGAGAAGGCGGUCAAGUUCGCCUCGCAGACCGAACAGUCCUCUCGACAGCCUCCUUCGCCGGCAUGUCGCGAUCCACUACCCGACGAGGCAAAUUAAGUCCUGCAGAUCUGCCCCGCGAGAUCUUUCUCAGCAUCAUCGAUGCUUACCUCGAAAACGCUCUCGCCGACAACCGCUCAGUCCUAUGGGUCAUCGACUACCACCACGACGCCCCGACCAAGCUCGUCCUUCGGAUCAGAGGCCAUAACGUCGGCUCCGAGAUGGUUGAGAUGAGCGAACUCGACCGUUUCCAGAGCAUUCGUCUUCCCCUCCAAAUCGACAAGAAGACGCGCUCCAUGGUACAUCGCCACUUCCGUCGCAUGCCCGUCAAGAAGAACCACUCAUACUACUCGCCCCUCUCCGCUGUCGACGCCUGGGUUCGCCCUGACGUCGACCUCUUCACUCCCGACUUCAACGACACCGAAGGCGCCCGCCCUGUGCGCGAGAUAAAAUGCUCGUCGGCCAUUCAGCUUCCCACUCGCCCGGGCCACGAUCUCCUGAGCGGCAUCCAGCACGUCUUCCUCCCGACCCUUCGCUUCUUUCAGAAGAACAACAAGGUCGCCGUCGCCGCGAUGUCAAUGCUCCCGAGCCUGCAGACGGUCUCCAUCAUCGCCGGCUAUUCUGUGCCCAUGUACGAUGACCCCGAGCUCCUGGCGAUCCACCCGGGCUGGAUGAAGGUCGAGGGUCACCGGUACCCGGAUAUGAAGAUUUGGGAGGAGAGACACGGUCGUGCCUUCCGCAAGCUGUGGCUUCCGUUUAAGAGACGUGAGAUUGAGCUUUUUGCUUUCAGGGAUGAUAUCAAGCCGGCUGUUAUGGAGAUGAAAAUUACCAAAGACGGUAUUCGCGUGAAGCAUCUUUUUCCUGACUGCUCCUGCUGCUCCUCCGACCUUGAGUAUAAUGACAAGGAGAGUUGA